AUGCAGUCCCCACCGACUUCUCCAUCCAAGAGUAGUGCGUCUCCUUCCAAGACAGAACUUCUUUACAAGGUGAUUAUCAUCGGUACACAGGCCGUAGGAAAAACCAAUUUGCUAUUGUUUGCGGCACGCGGCGAUCAGUUCGACGAGCGCAGCGCUCCAACACUCCAGCCUGAGUUUGUUACAGUGAAAGUGCAGCGCCCGGACUGGAAGUUCGGAGAGCCAAACCAAUUCAUCCGUGCUCAGGUGUGGGAUACUGCGGGCCAGGAGCGAUUCCAAGCCAUCUCGAGCUCGCACUAUCGGCGAGCGAAUGGCGCACUGAUCGUGUACGACGUGAGCGACAAGAACACUUUCAACGAUAUUUUCCCGGGAGGCAAAUCUGGCUGUCAAUGGCUCAACGCGCUCAAGGAAAACUCGGAUCCAGCACUACUUGCAGCCGUCAUGCUCGUGGAAAAUAAAGUCGAUAAGCUCAACGAAACGACGCUAUUUAAGAACCCCAAGUCGGGGCUGGGGUGGCUACACGACGCCAAGCCCGAAGAAACAAUUCCCUUUCGGAUCGCUAACAGCCUCAUGUUCGCGCGUACAUCAGCUCGCAACAACACUGCUGAGCUUUUUGAGCAGUCGGAGAAGGCAGUCCCAGGCCAAGCUUUAACGAUCCAGGGCUUGUCGCUGGAGAGUCUACCCCUGUACGAGUUCUUGAAGCAGCAGCAGCCUCCAAAGCUCGAGUACGAACCUACUCUGGGGGUGAAGACGAUUUCCCAAGCGUUGGAGGUGCUAGUGCUUCGUAUCUACACUCGCUCCAAGAACAUGGACGCAGGUGCUUCCAAGCCCAGUGGCAAAGCCUUUUGCCUGCACGACAAUGCAAAGCCCAAUUCACAAAGCAAUGCCUGCUGCUGA